AUGAGUUCAACAAUACUGGAUUACCUGAACGAGGAUUGCUGGCGUGCCGUGCUGCGGUACGUGCCUGUCCUGGACAUCAUGAGGACAGAGAGCGUCAGUCGCCGAUGGAGGGAGGUGGUGCUGACAUACUUGAGAGGACUCCAUAUUGAUAUAGAAGAAAUUCAAGAUGGACAGGUGCUUAUAUUAAAGACUAAAAACUAUAAAAUUAAACUCCAUAGAGACUAUUAUGUGUCAUUUGAGAACUGGACGAAAAAACUGGGACCUGCAGUGUCCACUGCCUUCUGCUACAAUCAGGAAAGCUUAAAAACACUAGUUGAAAACUGCCCUAAACUGGAAACUCUGAUGUUUAAUAGAUUUCAGCCCAAUUUGUCUCAAGUGCUCCCAUACAACCUGAAAGAAAAUUUUAAGUAUCUGCAUCAUCUUCACAUUAGUAGAAGUCAUGUAAAUGACAAUUGUGUGAGCCAAUUUAUCGCAGACAAAGAGCUAACAAAAUUAGACUUCCAAGAUUGUAUUGGAUUGACUGGUGAAUGUUUGAAUACUAUUAACUUGACAAAGUUAAAAUGCCUCACCUUGAGUGAGUGUGAAAGUUUAGAGUCAAGCCACUUGCUGUCAGCCAUAGACGAACUGAAAGACCUGAAAGAACUUCUAUUGGAUCAUCUUCCUGAUAACAUUUUUAAAGAAGUUUAUAAGGUGUUGGGUAAGAUGGCCAAUUUAGAAGAACUAGGAAUCAGUGAUAAUACUGACAAUCAUGAUACAGUUGAGCCGCUAUGUCAACUAACCAAAUUGAAAAGUCUUGCUUGUGACUUUGAAGUGGAAGACUCCGAUUUGGAAGCCGUGCUGAGGUGCUGCAAGGAACUGCGAUCUUUGACACUCUAUAGAUGUAUAGACCUGGGUGAUGUGGCCGUGAAAGCUAUUUGCCGGCACGCGGGCGAGCGGCUCACCGAGCUCGUCCUGCAUAAAUUCGAUGAAUUCAGCAAUGGCAACCUGGUGAACAUCGUCAGACGCUGCACUGAACUUACGUCGCUGACCGUAAGGGGACCGUAUGAGUUAUCGCUGAGGGUGCUGGAGUUAGCGGCGGCGGCGAGGCGCAAGGCGCGCCCGGGGCUCCGCCUGCGGCUCGACCUGCACAUGACAAACCUUCCCACGGAAUACUUCAAGUAUUAUGUGUCGGACCUCGACCUGGAUCCGGGCUCUUAUCUGAACCAGAACCCGGACCUGGUCCAAGUCCAGGACCUGGACCUCGACCUGGCCCUGGUUCUGGACCCGGACUCGGACCCUGACCUGUAUGACCUCGAGAAAAAUCCAAGGGACAUAAAGCCAGAGGUGGAGUAUGGAGACGUGACUGUAGUCCUGGAUAGCCCGGACAUGGAAUAUUUUAGAGAGCUGGAGGCCGAAUACAGGAAAUACGGCAGAGAAGAAUUUUGGCAACUGAACUGA